UCUCCAAGCUGACUUCUCUUGGUCAGCUGGAAAUGACCUGGAGAAGCGGAGUUCACUUCCAUCCACUUCUUGUGAGAGUCCUGCACAAAUCUAGACUAAGGUACUACGGGAAACCAGAGAAAAAAAUGGAUAUGCCUUACCAGGCUUACUUUGAAGUUGCUGAUGGUUCAGGCAUGAUGUCUAUGGUUUUGUGGAAUUCAUUAUGUCCUGAAUGGUAUAACAGUAUGAAGGUUGGCACGGUACUUCUUCUUGAACAGUAUGCUAUCAAAAGCAGUUACCCAUUUAAAACACAGCCAACUCCAGGGGAUUCACAGAUGAAGAGAUUUGCUACAAUUGAAAUCAGCCUUAAUGUUCGAGACCCUCCUACUAAAAUAAAUAUUAUUCCAGAAGAAAUGGUAAAGCCAGAGUGGGGAUUACCUGAAGUUAAAUAUCGGUUUAUCACAAGGUCAGAACUGGAUGACUUGCCAAACAAUCAUUCCUGUGAUGUUAUUGGUCUUGUGACAUUUGUAGGAAGGGCUGAACGAGCAAGAAAGAGAGAACAGGGUGAAGACUUCUGGCUCUAUCGUUGGGCACAUGCCAUUGAUGGGACCUCAGACCAACCAUUCAUACUGGAAUUAUUUGCAACUUCCCAGCCAGAUGUGUUUGAACACAUUCACCCAAUGACGUAUUUGGUGUGUACACAGAUGAGAGUGGUACGGGACCUCACUGAGAAUCCUUCCAGCACAAUUUACCUUACGACUUCAAAUGAAAGUCAGAUAUUCAUUACAGGGUGGCACAAGGGCCAGCCAUACACCAAGGAUACCAAAGUGAAAAACUUCAUUCAGUGGACUAAAACACAAAGUGAAGCUGAUCAAAUGAAGAAAACUGUCAUUGGUGGCUAUUAUCCCUUCCCACGACCUCCAAAUAACUUCUUGAAAUAUUGUAAAAACAAUAAAGUUGAAUCCAUUUUGAAAGCCAUAGGUGAAACGGGGAAAGAGAUUGAAGACUUGCACUACAGAGAACACAAGCGCAUUGCUGUUCAGGGGAUAAUUAGUGCCAUAAGAUACAUCAGCUGUAGCAAUGCAGCUGCAGAAGCCUCAGGAGCGGAACUUGUUCAGAAAGAUACUUCUCAGUCUCUUGAAAGUUCUGCUAUGUCCGAAGAAGACUGUGUUCACAAGGGAAAAACCACCAACCUUCAAAAUAAAGAAGUUAAGUCUUUUCUGGGGCCACGUUGCACUCCUGGGGAACAUCAUCAGCACCAAGCUCAACUGUCAAAAAAGAGUUCAGUCAAGAGAAAGAUACCACGCAGAUUAAAUGCAGAUGCAGAACAGGGAAGUGCAUCUGUCAUUCCUGUAUCAUCUUACCCCUAUUUCACACGGUCUGCAAGAAGAAAAUUUGGCUUGAAUGAAUUUCAACAUGAAGAUUUUGUGCAAGAUAAAAAUGAUCAGGCUGUAUCGGACAGUUUACAAUGCUGCACAGACCGAGAAGGAAUGAGUGAUCCACCUGAAACUGAAGAGACUGCAAGAACUUGUGAUUCAUGGCAGAGUGACCUGUGGGCACAAGUGAAAGACAAGUUAAUGAAAUAUUUACAUCACAGCACAAUUUUCCCAGAAAGCAUCCCACGUAAAUUUGAUUAUGUGCACAAAGACUUACUCAUGCAACAGUACAACCUUCAUGCAGCAGUGCACCAGCCAAAAGAAACCAGAACAGAUAAAAAUAUCAAUGAGUUUAAAAGUGCUACUGGCCUUGGGUAUUAUGAAGUGACAGUUCUGGGUAUAAACCACGAUGUAGCAAUAGAUGUUGCAUUUCUUCCACUGUGUUGUCCUGAAGAUCCCCGCUUAUUUCAACUAGAAGAUAUUCAAAAUGACACGUUAUUGUCUUGUAUGAGUUGCAUCUCUGCAUGUCAGCAGAAGGCCACUAGCAAUGAAAGGCUUCAUGACAUGUUUCCACUUUCAAAUGAAAUUGUAAAAGCAGCGAUGGAUCUAGAUGGCAAACAUGUUGUCUGCAUCUUGGACAUCUGUCACUUGGGUGAUGAUAAAGUGGAAGUCUUUCUAAGCAAAAUCUACAAGACAGUGGAACCUGGUGUGCUGGAUCCAGUGUAA